GACUAAGACCGCUGAGUAUGUUCACUUCUAAUUAAUGUUUACUCAACUGUUAUGGCUAAUCCAUCCCCGACUGCCAUCAGUGGUCACUGCCCUCAUCUGUUCAGACAUGUUGCUUCCAGGCGCCCCACUCUUUUACCGGAUAGCUGCAGCUCGGUGUCACCACUUUUAACCUCACUCAGCCUCCUCUACCCGUCUGAGUGCAGAAGUAAAACCAGUUCAGCACCCGUCACAAGAAUAAAAAAGACUAGAAAUAUAAAGUAAAAAAAAGAAAGAAAGAAAAGAAAUGAAAACACCAAAUCAACAUGUUUUUCUAAAAAGCUUGGUGAGGGGUGACUUGUGUUUUAUUUGUUUUUUAUUUUGGAAACAAAUGCUUUGUUACUUUUGCUGUGAUAAAUAAAGAUUACUCUCUGUCACUUGUUUUUUUUUGUCUUAUUUCUAUUAUUUUCACUGUAUUUUGAACUUUCCUAAGCUCUGCGAACAGAAUGCCCUUGAUUGCAAGAAAACAGGCAGAUGUAGCGAACCCACAGAGAGCUGGGGUUUACUUUGGCCUAAAACUUUCCAAAGUGUUGGUUUCUCUUCACGUCUCUUCCGCGUUCUACAGCUUUUUGCAGACUUGGUUUUCAGAGCCAAGAAGACCUGAGAGGAUGAGAGACUUUCAGCUUCAGUAACGACACAAAAGUUCUCAUUACGACAUAAAAAAUUGGGUCCAACAUUUAGAAUGAAGACAAUUGUCUUGUUUGUGCUGGGUGCGCUCUUUGCAACAGGAAACCCUGUCAUCACAGAAGUCGGACAGAAAAUCMUCUUAAAAUGUGGAGCUGCAAAGGUUGGAAGCACAGUGGAGUGGUUUCAUGAAAGUAAACUAAUUUAUAGAAUUACUGCAAGUGGUCACGUCUACAGAGGUCCGAGUCACAUUAAAGACAAAUCAAGGUUGAGAAGCGACAAUCUGGAAAUCACUAAUGUGAAAGAAGGAGAUGUUGGAACGUUUGUUUGUAAAACAAACACUGGAUCUUAUGAAGAAACACUUGCUGUGGUCUCAGUCUCUGUUCCCACCAGCCAUGUCCAGGUGGGCACCAACGCCACUCUGCAGUGUCUGGUAACAGGACUAAACCAGGCCUUCACAGUUCAGUGGCAGAAGCCUGACAGUUCACUGGAGACAUCAAACCCGGUUCAGCUCAACCCUGUGAAGGCCUCACAYGGGGGGACCUGGCAGCUUCAAGUGACGAAUGAAAAGGAAACUUUUAUCAAAACUCUGAGUAUCACUGUAAUUGGUAUGAUGCUUCUACCACAAGAAACUUCUCGUCUCACAACAAAAGUUGCCAAAAUAAGGAUGUUUUUUUUUUCAGCUCACAAAACCACACCAGGCCCAAACCAACUCAUUCCUCCACAACCAGGUUCUACAAAUUCAAAGGAUGGCAAUAAUCCAACUUGCAAUUCCACUUGCAGCAACAGCCGUCCACCCAAAGGCGCCGGGAAGCUGACCCUGCUGGGCCUCAUCUGGUGGGUGUGGGUCGCCAUCGGAGUCAGCAGCCUGAUUGUGAUCAUCCUGAUCAUCGUCGUCGUCAUCACGGUGAUGAGAAUCAGGAGAAAGAAGAGAAUGAUGAAAAUGAAGGCCAUGCUGGUAAAGUCCAAGAAGUACUGCCAGUGUGAGCGCCAAACAGCUGCGCCAAAACYACRGCAAGGACGCCGCGGAGAGAAGCCACCAGCCUUGCCGCUUCAGCCCCUGCUGAAGGAGGGACAUGAAAGAGGAGGAAGGAGAGCUAAUGAAAGAGAAAAUGGAGGGAGAUGUUAAAGGAGAUAAAAAGAGAAAGAAGAGGAGGAGAACACCAGAGUAAAUGUGGCAUGAAUGUAAAUGAGCUUUAUGAAUGUUCUGGGUGAAAAUAUAAUCAAAAAUGAGGCUGUAGGCUCUCUGAGCUUUUUCACCAAAUACAGUUUAACCAAAGAGCUCAUCACAAUAACUUGUUAGAGGUUCUGCUUUAAUGUUACCACUUCCUAUUUGUACUUCUGUGUACUUAUAUGUGUUACCCUCACCACCCACCCCUGACUCGCCUCACUUACUUGUGCUCAUAACCUAUUUCUUUCUUUUGCCAGCUGUACUCUUUCUUUCUUUUUCUUUCUUUCUUUCUUUCUUUCUUUCUUU